AGAAGAAGAAGAAGAAGAAGAAGAAGAAGAAGAAGAGAGAGAGAGAGAGAGAGAGAGAGAGAGAGAGAGAGAGAGAGAGAGAGAGAGAGAGAGAGAGAGAUGUGACAGGAAACAGAAUAUUGAGAGAGGAUAGUGACAACCCUCAUUCUCUCACUCUCUCUCUCACUCACACACACACACACACACACACACACACACACACACACACACACACACACACACACACACACAGUUAGACAGACAGACAGACAGACAGACAGACAGACAGACACACACACACACACACACACACACACACACACACACACACACACACACUCAAAAUGAUUCUCAGUAAAGAUUUGCAAGAGAUUUUGGAAGGGGUGCACUACUUCCUGGCGGAGGCACUGACGCGGGAGAGCCUCAGUGGGCGAGCUGAAUGCCUUCGUCGUGGGUUGGUGCUCCAGUUAGAGGCGUUGACUGGCGCUUACCCCACGUUGAGAAUAUGUCCCGCUCCGCAAGGCUCUCCUAGGGGUGUUGUGGCCCGGUGUGGCUCCUCCAGUGCCUCUUUGCCUUAUCUACCCAUGGAUCAGUCGCCCGGGAGGUUUGCGGCAGGCACCACCACCACCACCACCACCACCACCACCAGCGCCUACAGCAGCAGCAGCAGCAGUGGGGUGAACAGCAGCAGCAGCAGCAACAGCGGAAGCAGCGGGGACGGCCAGCGUUUAGGGCCCGGCGCCCCCCUGAUAGAGGAAGGGGGCGGGGAGGGGCCGGAGGAGGUCUACGAGGAAUUUGAUGAGUAUAAAGAUGAAGGAGUGGAGCUAAAGCCGGAGAAAGGAGGAGGAGGAGGAGGAGGAGGAGGAGAGGAGGUGGAGGAGAAGGAGGAGGAGGAUGGAGUUUACACGGAGACACACGAUGCAGUUCCGUUUUCUUCGCUGAUUGCCACCUGCGAGAGACACGGGGCGCUGGGCAAGAAGACUAAGGGUUUACUGCGGAACAUCAAGAGUUACCUGUGCGUGGUGGGUGGCGGGAUGCUGUACCUGUAUGUUAAGGAGACGGACGAUAGGCAGAAGAAGAGUAUUGACUUAUCUGGCUACACUGCAAGACCUGCCACGGGGGAAGACAUCAAGGAUACGAAGAAGAAAGAUGCUGCCUUUGAAAUUGUCUGUCCCGGGAGGAAGACACACACGUUCAUCGCAAGAACAGCCAAGGACAAGAACGAAUGGCUGGACGCACUCUCAAGAACAAUAAGGGGCGGGAAAUCACGGCCACCUCCUUUCAGCCAGCCUGUUAUGCCACCCAUACACCCCAUAUUCCCUUCCAAGCCCACCACUGUCCCCGCCCCGCCGCCCACAGCCUACGUACCGCCCACAGCCCGCGUAGAAGACCAGGAACGCGAUGAUUACUGCUUGUAUAAUGAUGUGGAAGAGGAGGAGAUUUACGAAGAAGUACAGGGAGAAGAAGAAGGGAGCGGGCUCUCCCUACCCCCUCCUCCCCCCUCCCUCCUCUCCGCCUCCCCCACCCCAUUUACACCCCCCCACCUUUCCGCCACCACCACCACCACCACCUCACAGCCUGACUACGAUCCGGUGGACCCAGAACCCCCUCCUGCAGCAGGCACGGCACCCCCCAGACCUCCUCCCCCUGCUAGACCCCCGUUACCGACACAUACACCCACAGACACGCAGAAGGGCGAGGAUUCAGAUGACUCUCAAGGGAUUUACUGCGAGAUCGAGGAUGACCUUUUAGAGAACGCCAGGAAAGCUUACGAGGAGGCUGAAGGGGCGGACCGGACCAGUGGGAUAUCAAACACCCCCAUGGGACCCUUCAGACCGCCCUCGGGAAGUCUAGGGUCCCUCAGUAGUGAGAUAUUUAAAAGUCUAGACGCCAAUAGGGUCACUCCGCAGAUUGGCCCAGUGUCCUCUCCUCCCAGGCUCCCCCCCAAGGGUGUGCCGGCCCCGGAGGUAGAGAGCGAGUAUAAAGUCCCUCAGAGUGAUUCAGAGUACCAUGUCCCUUCAUCCACCCCUGUCAAUGGCGCGAGGUCCUUAAAUAUCUCAGCACAGCAACACACGCUGGCUGGACCACAAAACACACUAGCUGGACCUCAAAACACACUACCAGGAUCUCAAAACACAUUAACAGGGUCUCAGAACACCAAAAUAGGACCGCAAAAUACUCUAACAGGGUCGCAAAACACCAAGACAGGGCCCCAAAGCAUAGUCCAGCUUCCACAAAACACAUUAGCAGUCUCGUCCACCCCGACCUUCGUUCCUAUCAAGCCUCUGGAGCGGCGAGGGUCUACGGCCGAGGAGAAGAAAAGUGGCGGGGGUGUUGGCGGUGGUGUGUCCUCCUUCCGUAGCCAAGGGGAGGAGGUGACGCGCCCUAAACCUUCAGGAGGGACAUCCGUUCGAGACAUGAUUGCAAGAUUGAACCAGAGGAAGGAGGAAGACUUAAAGGAGGAGGAGGAAGAGAAGAUUACCCCUCCUCCUGCUACUGCUGCUGCCUCCUCCUCCUCCUCCUCUUCCUCCUCCUCCUCCUCCUCCUCUUCCUCUUCCCUUCUCUCCCUCCCUAGGCAGAACCUUAAGCCAGACAAGCCUCCUCUUCCCUCCAGACCUCCGAAUUUAAGAGGGGGAAGUGUGUCACCCAGCGCACAUGUGAAGGAAGAGGAGGAAGAGGAAGAGGAAGAGGUGUAUGAGGUUCUUGAUGAUGAUGAUGAUGAGCCUUCACAGCACCAGCAACAGCAAGCGGAGUGGUAUGUGGCCAAGUUUGCAUUCGUGGCCACGUUAAACCAGGCGCUGAGCUUCGGGCGGGGAGACGAACUGCUUGUAUACGACACGACGGGGUCAUCUGGGUGGUGGCGCGCGACUCUCCGGGGCCGAAAUGGUCUGGUGCCCCGGGAGUACCUAAGGAAGAAGGAGUGUCAGUGAUGGUUAUAUUCAAGCACGCCUUGUUCUUCCACCUCGACAAUUUUUCAAGGGCACACAGACGACCUCCAGAACUAUAAAAAUAUCCUCAAAAAUGCCUUCCCCUCUCACUACGACCAUUUUUCAGGGCCACAGAGACGACCAGUAGUUUCUCUUCAUGAAAAACUAGAAAUGUUGCUAGUUCUAAAGAGUGUUCGUCCUGUUGGUAAUGCAGUAAAACUUGUUAAUAUGUCACUAGAACCACAGAAACACCCUUAAAAACUCGUAACUUCAACUAGAGUCUUUAAAAAGAGUGUUUGUCCUGUUGGUAAUGCAGAAAACUUGUUAACAUGUCACUAGAACCACAGAAACAACCUUAAAAACCCGCGUCACUUCAACUAGA